UUGCCUAAACAAGAUGAAUUUGCCUAACUUGACAUCGUGUAUAGGUAUUCUGAUUGGGCAAUUUUUUGCAACCGUAUGCUUUCAUUGGUCAAUUUUUUUUUGCCUAACUUGAGCAAUUCCAACCAAUCAUUGCUGUUGAUAAGCAUAGUUGAGCUAGGCAAAUUAGGCAAUUGAAAAUUAACAUACACUCGUAUUGUUUCUGAACAGCCUCUGUGCUCAGUUUACGGUUUUGUGAUAUUUUAUAAUGUCUUCAUUGUGUUGUGGUAAUUUAUACGAGACUGCUCAGUCUGCGUUGGCCAAAAACGAUUUAAAAUGCCUUAAUGAGCUUUAUUCUCGUUUAUUGGUCGACGUUCGACCUAUGUUUACUAACGAGCAGCUGUUAGAUAGAAUUUAUGACCCCGACCAUACUCUGUGUCGAAAUUUUGGAGCUGAAAUAUAUGUGCCAAAGCACGCUCAUGACGGAAAGACUUGUACUGCAAUAAGGACACUUAAAAACUAUCAGCGAAGUACCAUGGUUGGGGAACGCUUAAAUGGUUUGGCCUUGAUGCAAAUUCAUCAGGAAAUUGUACCAGAUAUUGGUGUGUAGGCGAACUUCUGGCGCCAUAACCAGUCUGCUUAAUUCGGCUCUCACAGGGCUGUCCAUGCCGGAUCACGAUUUUUUGUUUUGCGUUAAAGUGUUCCUAGGCAUGCUGAUGAGCCCUGAUAUGGGGCGAAACAGUCUUGUGUGCAUUCAAUAUUCUGAAUAGUGAAAAUCAACGACCUUGUGAUAUGUAAGUAUAAAUAUACAAUGUUUUUAUGUAUUUAUACGAUUGAGAUCUACAAGAUUCUGCAUAGCUGAAUGAUUAGACUGUUUGAUUUAAACAAUUUAUCGAA